CUGCGGUACUCCGGCUGAGUGAUUAUUUUUCCAAGAGAAAUCAAGCAAUUCUCGCCUUUUUGGCCUUUUACGAAUAUCUAAUUAAGGUCAAGCAAUGAAAUACUUGGUAAUAAUCUUUUUAACUGUAUUCAUCGUUCCUCGCACAAUUUCAGGUUUGAAAGAAGAUGAGAAGGUUGGAGAGGAUCAGCAGAAUGAUCAGAUGGCGGAGAAAGUAUCGGAGAUAAACCCUGAUGAGUUCCUGGAAAUCCUUGACCUAGAACCUGGGCUCAGGGUGUAUCCCAGGGUUCUGAAGGGAAGUGUAAGUGAAGAAAUGAAUUUCACAAUAUUGUCCAACUAUUCGAGAUAUAGACAGGUAUGCUGGGAAUCGAAUGGUCCGUAUGUUCUGAGUGAAAUGAAAUGUUUAAAUCUAGAAUUAGAUGUUAACAAUAUUACUGUACAUCUAUCCUCAGAUCUAUUAGGAAUUUAUUAUAUCAGGUUUUAUACUGAGGAGAGAGGAGUCAAGGUUUACCUGGAUUCUCCAGAUAUAGAACUGGUUGUUAAACGUCAAAGUGAGAAGAUGAAUACUCUGGUGACCUUGUUGUUUACUGUAGUCCUAGGUUUAGCUUUAACUCUCAUGGGUCUAGAUAUAGAUAUUCAAAUAGUUCUACAAACUCUAAAGAGACCUAUUGGUCCAGCAGUUGGGAUGCUUAGCCAGUUUCUUGUUAUGCCUAUUGGUUCUUAUCUCAUAGGAUGGGCCCUGCUGAGUACUAACUAUGAGAGGCUAGGACUGCUGCUUCUUGGCUGCUCACCAGGAGGAGCAGCUUCUAACUUUUGGGCCGCCAUGUUUGGAGGGGAUGUUAAUCUGUCAGUUACCAUGACGUUCCUAUCCUCUGUAGCCAGUUUUGCUUUUACCUCUCUCUGGAUCUAUGUUCUUGGAACACCAUUAGUCAGCAAAACAAUUCCUAUUCCAUAUCUUAGAUUGGUCAUAUCAUUGGUUUCUUUUACAUUUCCCAUUCUCAUAGGUGUUGCUUUUAAGCACUACUUCCCUCGGGCUGGUAAGAUGUUGAAGGAGAAGAUAUCUCGACCUUUCUUCUUUACCUGCUUGUUAAUACUUCCUGCAGUUGGAACAUGGAACAAUUUAUUCUUCUUCUACCUUGCUACUUGGCAACAUCUGAUAUCUGGAACCCUACUGGGAUUGGUAGGAUAUGCUUUUGGGGCUGGUUUAGCAUUCUUGUUCAAGAUGGAUAAACCUCAAAUAAUAGCAAUUUCCCUUGAAACUGCAAUACAGAACGGAGGGAUAGCGUUCAUUGUUCUUAGUCUAACAUUCCCUUCUCCGUACAGUGACAUGGGGAUAAUGCCGAUACUUGGUUUCUUCUUCUGCUCAACAGGUCCCAUCAUGUUUGUUGUAUACCUGUUUUACAUGAUCUUCCAGAAAAUUAUGAAGAAGAGAAAGUUUUCACAGGUUGCGGUAGAGGAAGAGAAAGAGCUAGAAAGAUUAUAGAUGAUAUUUUACAUUUACAUCAUACAAUAUACCAAGCAUAAAUUUGUAGAAUAGAAAGACGACAUUUAAGCAGUCAAUUAGUUGUAUUUUAAGAAAUUAUUGAUGAGUGAUAUCAUGUGGAUAUCACAUUUGAAUUUGUGAUGGAUAGUAUUAUUAUUUCUGCAUAUAUAAACGUUGCACCAACCCUGUAUUACGUAUGUAUACUGCAAAAAAUAUUCCGUCUUUGUUUACAAACAAUGAAAUUACUCCUACGUACACUUUAUUAAUGGGUUACCCAGGGUUAUCCGUUUUACACUCAACAGUUAUUCUCUUAAAUUUUAUCAGUAUUUGACGUAUAUAUGUAUCUACAAUACUACAUUGUUAACAAACACUGCUUUUGUGUUCAUUAAAAAAUCCCACUUGGGUCAAAGAAGAUAAAAAACUGCCAUAUUUAAUUUUUGGUUAAUGUUUUUUUUGUGACAUGGGUACAUGGAUAUCACCUCCUUUAAGCCCAAAAUAUUAUAAAAGCACCAAAUCCAUGAAAUCUAAUUUCAGGUUUAUUAAAUUAAUAUAUUUAUUUUUGGUGA